AUGCCUCGACUGAGCCCGCCACUUUUUGGCUUUUCCGGCUCCUCCGCGCCUGCGGGCACGACGACUCGCUCACUCACACGCUACGUGACCUCUUCAUCGUGCCGCCACCGUAACAUCACCACAGUCAGAGCUCCUCCGUUCCCUGUCGUCGAGACAUGUCCCGAACCAACGUGUCCAUGCCGCUCUUCUCCCAAGUUAGACCUCGAAAUCGACCGAACGAAGAACCUCAAUGGCUCCAUGUCCCCCUAUGCACAGCACCUGCUUAUCUCCACAGGUCAGUCGGAUUGGACCUCCAGGAUAGAAGAUGAACACCAGAACGGCACUGCUUGGGGCAAGGUGGUGGGGGAUGUCAAGGCGUUGCUGGGGAGGCAUGGACAAUUCCACGAUCCCUACAACAAUAUCCUCAUUAAUACUUCCUCGUUCACACCCCCGUCGGAACCAGGAAAGAGCCAAGAUCGAGACACUGGCAGUUUCGAAGGUGUGGAGGCUCUUGUUUUCCCGGCAUUUCGGCGGGUUAGACACCUGGUGCCUUUCACUCGGAGCAGAGAAUCCUCCGCAAACUCUGGCCCAGGAAGACUAGACGACUUCGUCCAUGGCUUCCUCCUCCCGGAGCCCAACAGACUACAUCCCAUCUACAAAGACAUCUCCGAACAGGAACGAACAGCGAAAACUCGAGAUGCGACGGCAGCCUCGAAAUUCCACAGCUGGCCGAUCACGAAUCCAACGAUAUUGAUCUGCAGCCACCAUCAGAGGGACAGCCGAUGUGGAAUACUGGGUCCGUUCUUGCAUGAGGAAUUCAGAAGAUACAUCAAUCAGCGGGGGCGAGACGAACAUGGAGUGAAGCUCGUCACUCCGCCAUCACCCGGAGACUUCGUCGCGUCCGAGGUCGAUGUUUCCAGUGGAGCCGCAUCAGGAGGUCAGUCAUUAGACGACGCCACGCUGUCCUCCAUCUCCACCAUGGAUGCUUCGACCUCCGAUUCCAUACAGGCCCAUGUUAAUGUGGGCAUGAUAUCUCAUGUGGGAGGGCAUAAAUGGGCAGGGAAUGUGAUCGUGUACAUCCCCCCGACGUUUACCACUGCUCGCCGCACAACCUCUGAUCAUCAAUUUCCGUCGUCUGACAUGUCUCGGCGAGCUUCUGGUGUACCACCACCGCAUCCGCUCCGGGGUAUGGGAAUCUGGUAUGGCCGGGUCGAGCCGAAACAUGUAGAAGGGAUUGUUGAGCAAACGGUGGUGAGGGGGAAAGUGAUUGAGGAGUUGUUUCGCGGUGGAAUCAAUGCGAACGGAGAAAUAUUGCGGCUGUAA